CUUUUAGUAUUUGGUCGGUGCUUUCUGGCUGAACUGGCUGCAUCAGUUCGAGAAAUUUACGCACACUGAAGCGUGAAAAUCUCAUACAUACGCUUCAUAAGCAUCAGUAUGUAUGCAAAUUUUUUGAACUGGUUCAGCUAAAAAGAACAGACCAAUUGAAUGCGGAAAGUGGGAACAUGGAUCUUCCGUUCUUUAAAUUUGGCGGGCGUACAACUUUUGGUCUAUCAGCGACAUCUACAACGUAUUAUACAUUCAAAACUUGUGCGAGAGAGAAAGAAAGAACAAUGAACACCGUAUAAAAUGCAGUUGAGAACAAAUCUAUUUAGAGACUUGUCCUUUCUCUCUUCAAGUAAUAUUUAGUAAAAAAAAUAAUCGCUCGCUCUCUUUGCAAUUAACAGUAAAUACGAUGAUUUAAAAAAUGCCCAGAUAAAAACCGUUGAAAAAGUUGGAGGAACAACGUGAAUCACGCCGAUUGGCUGGAGUGACUCUUGAAGGAUGGCGGAAGAAAAUAGAAAUUCGAUGUGAAAAUAACAGAGGCCGGCAUACUACUUCGAUUUACAAUCGUAUGCAUAAACGUGUGCAUAACUUUGAAAAUCGUAGUGACCGCGCGUUAGUGCCGAAUUUGGCGAUUUUUGUCAUUGCCAAGUUGCGAAAAUCUCUCACUCGUUCACCGGCUGCCGUGAAGAAAGAAGUGUUCGUCGCGACUUACGAAGAAUGUGCGACCGAUCUUUCCUCUUCGAGGAACUGUAACCGGAAGCGUCCUCUUCGUCUUCCGUGCCGUUUGAAGCGUCUUCAACACACGCUCGUGCAGUGUGCGCGAAACGCGCCGUAUGUAUUUGUGUUAACAUCGCGGUUCGAGCGUUAGGAACGGCGAAGAUACACUUCGUCUCGACGACCACUCGCGUAUUAACUUUCCGUUUUGCACAUUUCAACCGUUUUAAAUAGCCGCCUUUACAUUGCCCCCCUCUACUUGCACUAGGUGAGUCACGAAAGUGCAAUCGAUAUCGAUCAAAUAUCAAUAUCGAUCAUUGUACGUAAUCAUUCGUCCAAUAACAAGCGAGGCGAAGAUACUUCGUGUUAUACCUGCUCAUAAGAGGAUGGUGAACGUCGUUUUGCAUUAACAAUGGCCGAGGGUGAGAGCUUUGAGUCGACGGCACAUGCAAAUGACCAGAUAUCAGCCACCAGAUAUCAUCCGGAUGUAUCAACUAGAAGAAUGUCGAAACGGAUGCAGGAGCAUACUGGAGUGGAUCUUUGGCUGGAAGAGAAGGGUUAUUACAGAAAGGACACUCCCAAAGAUCCAACUUGCUUAUUUCGGGCAGUCAGCGAACAAGUAUAUCAUACGCAAUAUUAUCAUAUAAGAGUCAGGAAAGAAUGCGUAGCAUUUAUGAAGGAAAUGAGACAUUUGUUCGAGGAAUCAAUAUCUGUGUCAUAUGAACAUUAUUUGGAACAAAUGGCAUGCUUCACCGAAUGGGGAGGUAUGAACGAGAUUCGUGCCAUGUCCCUACUUUAUAAAAGAGACGUGAUUAUAUUUAACGGACAGAAGCAGAUGAUCGAGAACGUUACUAACGGUGGCUUCGAUCAAAAUUUGUUGCUGUGUUACACACCGCCGAAGCAAUACGAGACUGUUCUAUCAUUAUUAUAUGUUAAAAAGGCUGCUUAUUGUCAGUCUCUCGUUUAUGGAACUCUGUACGAGUGCGUUUUCAAUAUGGCUGGUAUAAUGCAUACAGCUGAUAAAAUGUUACACGAUCGAAAUAUCGCAUUUAGACAUGACAGAUUUUUCCAGAAGGGAAAUCUUGAGAUUAGAGAACAAUUGACCGCAGAUUUAUACAAUAGAGUCGAAAGUGAUCAUAUCGAUGCGGACGAAGUGCAAUUCAACUCGAGAGGAAUUCCACCUAUUCCUUACAAGAUCGCGAAAGCGCUUAGUCCUGAUAUUUAUCGCAAUACGGAUUUCGAUACGUGGCAUGAAAUAAAACGAGAGGUAAAAUAUGGAGGAUGGAACAGGAAUAGCAACAACGAGCUUCAAGUCGGCGGCAAAUGUUUGAUUAGCCUGAACUACUUGAUUGAUCAAGCUAAAAGUAAUUAUAAUUCGUCGCAGCCCAGUACCAGUGGAAAUAACGCUAAAAAUGUCCCACAAAAGACUAAACAAGAUAAAUCCUUUUAUUUUGGAUAUAUACAAGGGAUGGGUACAAAUGAAGAGCCGGCUCUGGUUUUUGUCGAAGAAUUAGGAGAGAUGCGUCUUGUUCCGUACGCCGCUCUAAAGCCGUUUCCCCUCGCAAAGAGGAACAAGCAAGGCAGUUCGACGCCACAUAAUAGGAAAAAUAUACCUACGGAUGCAGGACGGCGGUGGAAGAAAACGUACAAUUCAACCUCACGAAAGAGAAAAGAUGCCAUGAAUAUAACUAAUCCCGUAAUACAUAAUACGAGUAGGAAUGGCGUUGAUAGCAUUAAUAUCAAGAGUAUUGACAAAGCCGACUUCAAAGCUGAUGUUUACAACGAUGAAUCCUCUAAAGUAUAUCAUGAGCAAGCCUCAGAGAAUCAUGAUGUAAAAGACUGUGUCAACCAUGCGACAAAUGAAAUAGCUAACAAUCCGCCUACGGCGGUUGCUUACGACAAUUCGCAACCUUUAAAGACAAUUAAUGCAGCGCAAGAGGUGAGCGAGGAGCGUAAGAAUAGUUCUCCAACAUUUACGAAGCACCAUGUCGAUAAUGGUUUUGUAAGCAAGCCUGCAAGAUCCGGAGGAUCUAAUAAUUACGAUAAUAGUUAUCAGAAUACGUAUUCUAAAGCGAAGAUGAUAGACGAGAAUUAUUGUCCUCCUAACAUUAACCCGCAAAUAAAUAUAGUAGCUAAUCCGGAUUUAUUCUACGUCUUCGCAGACGGUAGCUCAUGCCCGGUUUUUCCGUUUCUGCCACGAAAUUUUGGCGAUUUCGACCAAACUGACCAUUUUAUUCCACCGAAAUUUGCAUAUAAUUCGGGUACGGAGUAUUUACGUGUGAAUCAGACUUGGAAUUACGGAUCUAUGCCAUUCGGGCCAAAUCAUUCUGGUGCACCGCCAGAGGGGACGACACCGAACGGUGGCAUCAAUAAUGUCCCGUAUAUGCGAGAUGAAGUAACGAGUCUUGUUAACGGCGUACAGAAUUGCUCGUUAACGUGCAACGAGACAGGGGGAUGCAAUGUUAACGGCAGGGAUGUCGGCAGUGCCGAACCGAUAGUUUACAAAGCUCCGUUUCCGUACAUAAAUGGUGUGCAAAACACGAAGCAUUCUAAGCAGGGAACACCGAGGAAUCUAGGUGGCAAGGACUUCUCGUAUCAGGUUUCGGAUAAGAAACACGGCGGAAUAGCUAAUAAAGGUAACAGAGGCAACAGAGCCCGUUACCAGCAGAACAAUCGCGACGCGCUAGCGUACGCGCAAUACUGGAGUCAUUACGGCGCAGCUAUCCCGACCGUCGCCGCGAACGACGCGAGGAUCGUCGCUCACAUGCAGCGGCCGCAACAUUCGGACCCGAUGGUGCAGCAACAUCAGCAGCAAGUGGCGAACGCGCCUUUCGUACUGCCACCGAACAACGUGAUAUUUUACCCGAACGACGCCGCGGAAGCCUGCUGCAACUCAUACUACGUGAACAGUGCGUUUCUUCCUGUCGCCUGUUUCCCGCCAUAUCACGACGCGCCCGAGAACGCUGCGGCUGUCCCACCGCCGUCCUACCCGCACCUCUUUCCGCAGCACAGCGAGGCUUACCCCCCGGCGCCGAGUUACCCAUCAAUGAUAUACCCACCGGCGCCACCGCAGAUGCAGUUCCCUGCCGUUAUACAACAGCAGCAACAACAGCAGCAACUGCCGCCACCACCAACAGCGAAUGUGCAAGAACACUGGUAUCCCAUGGUGGGACCACCGCCGUCGCACUUCGUGCAAUACGCGGCCCCAUCUGCGCCCGUCAUCACCGAACAGCCUUGCAACGGGCACACUACCGGCGGCUCGGCUUAGCAUUUAAGUCGAGCGAUACCGGAGACUCUAAAGAUUACAGAUCGAUGGUUAUCUCGCGAGUAUCACGGUGUAUACGUUGUGGUACUUACGGUUUACUCGUACUAGUAACAUGGACGUCGACUACACAUUACGUGUAAUAUGUACCUGCGCCUACACCUGUGAUCACAGCAUAAUCCUUGAUAGUGCGCGAACUAUCAUUCGAGAUUCUGAAGUCUGAUAACCGGUAAUGAUUAAGAACCGUGCCAGCGGUUUUGCGGCUUAAUUGUACCCCGAAGACUGAAACUGACCGUGUUAGAUACUGACGAUUUGACUACAGAAGACUAGUUAUUUAGUGAAAUACUUAAGUGACAGACUGCGAAGUACAAUUAACCGCGGGAUGCGCGAUCCGAUACAUUCCGAUGCGCGCAGCCGACGAGAUGGUCUGUUGCGACUUCCUGUGUCGCAGCUCUCUCUCUCUCUCUCUCUCUCUCUCUCUCUCUCUCUCUCUCUCUCUCUCUUUCUCUCUUUCUCUCUCUCUUUCUUUCUCUAUAUAUAUAUACAUAUAUAAGAUGCAAUUGAUUGCAUUCUUGUAGGCACAAUAUUGAAUUCAACAUACUUCAUUAUUCCUUAUACAGUACAAUAUAGAAGAUACAGAAAGUGAUAAUAGGUUUGUGAUGCAACUAGUUGUAUUCACGUAGAUCGCGUAUCAAAUUACGUAGCAAACUCAACACUUCGCUUAUGAAUAUAUAAAUAUUCGAGUUUGUGUAUAUGGCAUAACGUGCUAUCAAAAUAUUCGGUAUUCCAAAGACACAUUUACAUGUCAGUAUAAAUUCAGGUCUUGCAAGUUCGGUUAAGAGAAGAAACACGAAAUAUUCCCUUCGGCUUUAACGUUGUGAGAACAGAUGAUGCAGUCAAUUAGAACAUAUAUUAGUACAAAAUGGCAGGUUCCAUGUAUUACAAUAGUGUUACUCGUUGUGCCAUUACUUUAAAGGUUGAUCAUUUAAAAGCGUAAGUGUAAAAGUAUUCACCUUUUAGAUUAUCUAAGUAUUGACGUCACAUAAAAUAAGAUCUUGUAUUCCGUAACAUUAUUAAGCUUAUGAGUCCUCUUUAUAUCUAUAUACAACGUUUGUUAAAAUUUUUGCGAAAUAAACUAUGCAGACAGACUGAUAGCCGUGUUUUGUUGACCUGGUGCAUCUUUUAAAAUUGAUACACGUGUCUUCUUGAAAAAGAGAAAUUACUUCUAGAAGCUAUCACAAACACAAUGUCAAGUGGACCUUACUUCGAUAAUUCGUAACGAUCAAGCUCUUCCGGAGGUUCGUCACGUUAAAACGGCGAUGAUCGACGGAUAAACCGUAUGACCUCGUACGUGUAUCAACGGCGAUAUCUGACAUUUCUGGGAGUAUUUUAAGAACGUUACGCAAUCCACGCAGCGCACUCGUUACACCGUGCGCUCGAUUGCGCUUUGCAAAAAGGAAACAUGUCACGAAUUUUCUAAAUUUUAUUAAACGAAGUGAUUUUCUUACAAAAGUCAAUCCAGAAUGAUCGUCACCGUGGUGUUCGUGUCCACGUGUACCAUCUCAUAGUGGAAAAUCGUGUAGUAAAGGAAGGAAUAGAUAUACAUAUAUAUAUACAUAUAUAAAUGUAUAUAUAUACGCUCUUUUUUUUAAUGAUACAUUUACAUUUUAAAGUAGAGACGAUAGUCUCGUGUAUAUGAUGAAGAAAGAAAGAGAACUUUGUCGUGAGAAUCGCUUAAGAAAUUUUUUGUCCAAACCGAAAGUUAAAUCGUACAAAACUUACCGGCCGUUUUACAGCGGUAAAUUCACUAUUUCGUAUCUUUAUUUUUGUUUGUCCUUAUCUCUAAUAUAUAAGACGAGACCCUAAGGUGUAGCCUUUGUUAUCCGACCACGGUGCUCGAUAAAAAUGCGCGUCUAUGUCGCGUAUAUAACGUCACUUCGUCUUUUAUAUAUAUAUGUAUAAUUACUCGGCUAAACUAAAAUCUAUAUGUUGUAGACUCAAUGCUUAAGACUAAACGGGACAAUGAAACUUACCAGCCAAUCUUAUGUUUCCUGAUAUACACUUCGCACACGUCAAGAUUUAAAAUGCUUUGCAAUUACACGGACUCUGAUGCAUCGUCGAUUCUAUCAUUCCCGCUCUUACUUUUCUAUGGGCCUUUUCUCGUAAACACAAUUGAAGUUCGACUUAAACAACGCUCUCCACACCCUUGAUCCUGCACACGUAAAUGUGUACAAUCAAGUAUGAAGGAGUACCAGAGGGGUUGCGUAAGUAUCGAUUAACUUCAAUUGCUGCUUAUGGCAAAGGUUUCCUAUGUACUUAAUGGUAGAGUCGCACGAUGCCGGAUUCGAGGUUGAACACACGAUAACAACAUCGGUCAUCACGUGUUUUUUUUUGCUUACGUUAAAGCUUGGAAAACCACAGCGCAUAUUCUGUUCGUACAAAUGUUAUUCACAAAUUUGACUUGUACAUCUCUUGCACAGUAUCGUUUAGUUGUACAGUUUAAGUAGAGUAACACGAGAGACACUCGGGGCUACUGCAGGCUGGUAAUAUAAAAGGGAUCUCUAUGAAUUAACAUUAGACAUCUCAAUACAGACAGAGAUUAAUGUGUGUAUUCGGUAAAACGCGUGUGUCGCGAUCGCAAUGGAAGUCGCAAUGGAGCAGAAUCGCGCGCGCUUCCGCAAACAUCGCAUGCAACAAUGACAUUUAUUCAACUUCACGGAUGAUAUUCGUAUGAGACGCGUCCAGACUCUGUCCUGAAACGAUCUCAAACGAUCGCUUCUCUACGAAUUUACGGUCUACGAGAACGUUAUUAUUGCAGAACGGAAUCUGUUUCUCGGGGCGCGAUGGUAACGCUCGGUUAAUAACAAUGAUAUAAAAUUUAAUAAUUAAAAUUAAUGCCGUGGAUAAAAAGCACGAUCAAUCAUUAAACUGAAUACUUUCAAGGGUUUUCGUAUAUUUGCAAUAGAAAUUCUAAAUAUCGAACCGCACAAUAAUCUCCCCAAGUAUAAUAUAUAAUAUAUAUAUAUAUA